AUGCCCAGCAGCGAGGCGGUGCCGCUGGGGCUGGGCGCCUGCCGCAGGUCGGGGGCGCUGGCCGGGAUGCUGGCGCUGGUGGCGCGGCUGCUGGAGUGGCUGCGCUCGCUGUUCUGGAAGGAGGAGAUGGAGCUCACCCUGGUGGGGCUGCAGUACUCGGGCAAGACCACGCUGCUCACCGUGCUGGCGUCAGGACAGUUCACAGAAGAUAUGAUUCCUACAGUAGGCUUCAAUAUGAGAAAAAUAACAAAAGGAAAUGUUACCAUAAAGGUAUGGGACAUUGGAGGGCAGCCAAGGUUUCGAAGCAUGUGGGAGCGUUAUUGCAGAGGAGUCAAUGCAGUUGUUUACAUGGUGGAUGCAGCAGACUUAGAAAAAGUAGAAGCUUCAAAGAAUGAACUGCACAGUUUGAUAGAUAAGCCACAGUUGCAUGGAAUUCCAGUGUUAGUCCUUGGAAAUAAAAGAGAUCUCCCAGGUGCACUGGAUGAAAAGCAGUUAAUUGAGAAACUAAACCUUUCAGCUAUUCAAGACAGAGAAAUCUGUUGCUAUUCUAUUUCCUGUAAAGAGAAGGAUAACAUUGACAUAACAUUACAAUGGCUUAUUCAGCACUCCAAAUCAAGACACUGUUGA